AUGUCUUCCAACAAAGCCUUGGUCUUCAAAAAGGUUCCCCGAGGCAUCCCUAUCCCCGGGAUAGACCUGACCAUUGAGCCUGUUGCAGGCACAGUCAGUGACACGGCUCCUGAAAAUGGGAUUUUUGUCAAGUCUCUUUACUCAAGUUUCGAUCCUUACAUGCGUGGCCGCAUGCGUCCAGCGACAGUAAAAUCCUAUUCCCUGCCCUUUAUUCUUAACAAACCUCUCGACAGCUUCGGAAUCGGCAAGGUUUUAAAGUCGAAAAAUGCUUCCUAUCGAGAGGGCCAACUCAUUAUCGGCCAACUUCCAAUUCCAGGAAAUCCUCUCGGAAUAGAGGACAUCCGUGUGUUCCUCAGCGACUUAGGAAUGCCGGGUUUAACUGCCUACUCUUCAUUGUAUGAAAUCGGGAAACCGAAGAAAGGCGACACGAUUUUCAUCUCGGCUGCGAGUGGAGCUGUGGGACAAAUUGUGGCGCAGCUGGCAAAGCGCGAGGGGCUUAUAGUCAUUGGAAGUGUUGGCUCUGACGAGAAACUGAGCUAUAUCAUGAACGAACUGGGUUUUGAUGGCGGUUUCAACUACAAAGAGGAAAAGCCGAAGGAGGCUCUUUCCCGUCUCGCUCCACAAGGCUUGAACAUCUAUUACGACAACGUUGGUGGCGAACACCUUGAAGCUUCCCUUGAUGCCAUGAAUGAUUUUGGUCGUAUUGUUGCCUGUGGUAUGAUCUCCGAUUUUAGCGGUGCGCCUUACCCGAUCAAAAAUCUUCACAACAUCAUCACAAAGCGCCUCUACAUGCGCGGGUUCAUCGUCGCAGACCCAGAGCUUGGUCAAAAAUAUUUCUUGGAGCAUCAGAACAACAUGCAGAACUGGAUUAAAGAGGGCUCUAUUAGAAGUCUCAUCCACGAAACUGUGGCUAUUGAGAACGCUGCAGAAGGGCUAGUCGGAAUAUUCGAAGGCAAAAACAAAGGGAAGGCUUUGCUGAAGUUCUAA